GCAUCCGCCGGCUGACGUUUUGUCACGGUCGCCCAUCCAGUCCGUUCCACCCCCACUUCGACGAAGGUUGAACGCUUCAAAGUCCGCGAUCGGAGCGCAGCGCGGCGCGCUCUUCUCCCCAUCCAUUAAGCUCGCCCAGCGACUCCACCCCGUUGCCUGUGCGUGGCGUGCGUCACUCGAGCUCGAGGAGGUGGUUCGGUUGCGCUCCCAACGGCUCGACCGGCCUCGUACCGCUUGUUCGCUAGCGCUCGUGUGCGGAGUGGUUGCUGGCCGGCCGCCGCGCGGGUGAGCGGGCGGGCGGGCGGGCAUACCGAUAUAGGGAGAUAGCGAGCUAACUCACAGCUCUUGUUCCGUCGCUCGUUAUCUCCUCUCGCCCACCUCGGCGGCAGAUCGGUCGGGACAGAGAAGGAGGGUGGUUGUCUCCUCUUGCCCACCAUGGACGCGCCCUUCUUCAACGAGCUCAGGCGGCAGGCGUCAUCCUACCUCACCGGCAAGAUCCGCUCCGCGCGGCUCGCGCUCACCGACGUCACCCCGACGCAGCUGAUGACGGAGGAGGCGACGAACGGGGACGCGUCGCCGCCGAACGUGAAGACGAUGGGCCUCAUAGCCCGGCAGGCGUUCGAGAUCGACGAGUACGUCAGGAUCUCGAACAUCCUGCACAGGCGCUUCGCGAGUUUCGACAGGAAGCAGUGGAGGGAGGCGUACAAGGCGCUCCUCCUCCUGGAGCACCUCCUCACGCACGGCCCCCGGAGCGUCGCCUUAGAGUUCCAGAAAAACAGGGAGGUCAUCGAGCGGAUGACCACCUUCCAGCACAUCGACGAGAAAGGAUUCAACUGGGGCCUGACGGUGAAAAGCAAGUCGGAGCGCGUGCUGAAGCUGCUGGAGCGCGGCCCGUUCCUGGAGGAGGAGCGCGAGCGGGCGCGCAAGAUCGCGUGCGAGAUCAAGGGCUUCGGCAGCUUCAACCUCGGCAACGCCUCGCGCGCAGUCGCGCAACCGUCCGGUGACGACAGCAACCGCUACGGCCGGAGCAACUCGCAGUUCGAGGAGCGGUGGAGACACGACGACGGCGACGACGGCGACAAGGAGAACCUGAUAGCCAGGCCGGAGCCGCGGGUCGGGCGGGAAGCGCAGGUGGAGGAGCCGCACCACCGCCACCCGUUCCACGGGUUCGUGCAGCAGCGGCCGGAGGCGAUGCUGCUCCUGAGCCAGUGAUGGGGUCAGUCGGUUGGUGUGGUGGUGAUGUGAAAAAAAAAAACACGUGUGCUGAACUAGCCUUUCUCCCUUCUCAAAGCCUGCAAGAUCAGUGGUUUGCUGACACUGCUGCGUAAUGCUUGGGUACUCUCUGAUGUUCUCAUGGUUUCUGUUAGGCAUGCUUCGCGAUGUAUAGCUGUUUGGCCUUGUAAAUUUCUAUCCCGCAGUUCAGAUGCCUGGAUGUACGAGGAGAGAUCAUCUAGACCAAUUUUCGAGCUUCCAGCCAAACUUCUAGUAAAUUUACUGUGAUACAGAUACCUAAGAUAGCUACCCU